GUAAAAGUUAGCUUAGCAGCAAAUGCGCUGUCGUCCGCGAGACUCCGAAAUGUCUAAUAUUUUAUCCAAGUAACAUAUAAGCCUUGCAUACCAUCAGAAAAGUAAGGUGAUGUGAUCAGCAGCACGCGGUCUUGGGUUUAGUGGUGCAGCGAUGGCUGACAAGAUGGACUUAGCCACGGCUGGGGCAGGACCGGUUGGGAGGAGCGUCAAGCAGAAGUACCGCAGCAGCACACACUCACAAAACCUGAUGGAAGGACUCCUGGCUCUGCGUGAAGAAGGAAUAUUGUUCGACGUGGUUCUGUUGGUGGAAGGGAAGCCUGUUGAAGCUCACCGCAUCCUCCUGGCUGCUUCUUGUGAUUACUUCAGAGGCAUGUUUGCUGGGGGUUUGCGGGAGAUGCAGCAGACCGAGAUUCCCAUUCAUGGAGUCACACACACUGCCAUAACCAAGCUGCUAGACUUCAUCUACACGUCUGAGCUGGAGCUGGAUCUGGACACGGUGCAGGAAGUUCUGUGUGCGGCGACACUUCUGCAGCUCCAGGAUGUGAUUGGCUUCUGCUGCGAGUUCCUCUUCUCCUGGAUGGACAACGAUAACAUCCUGGAGGUGGAGAAGCUCGCCAAUGCUUACGGCCUGAAGCAGCUCGGCGAGAAGGUGCACUCGUACCUCCUGAAGAACAUCCAGACCUUCUCGCGCACACCCGUGUACCGCCAGCUGCCGACCGAGAAGGUGCUGAGUGUGCUAUCUAGCGACGAGCUGGACGUGAGCUCUGAGAACGAGGUGUUCGAGGCCGCACUGCACUAUUACUACAGCCCUGAACAGGUGGAGAAGGACCAAAUGUCCCUGCAGGAGCCCAUGUGCAUGAUGGAAGCCGUGCGUUUCUGUCUGAUGGAGCAAGCCGCCCUGCAGCGCCUCCAUAACCGCCUGGGGCCGAGCCAGCUACGGAACACCGUCUCCUUUGCCCUGCGCUACCACAGCAACAAACUUUGGCAGCCAGUCAUGCAGAGCCCGCUGAGCCAGCCACGCUCAAAGUGCCACUGCAUCCUGGGGUUCGGAGGCAUGUUCUCGUCCGGCGUGCUCGCCGACAACGACGAACGCUUCCAGGUUUUCCACCCGUCCUGGGGGGAGUGGCGCAACCUCGGGGCGGACGGCGCACCCCGUAUGUCCAACAUGGGCAUCGCAGUGCUAAAUAAUUUCGUUUACCUGGUGGGCGGAGACAACAACACGAGCGGGUUCAGAGCUGAGUCGCGGUGCUGGAGAUACGAUCCCCGACACAACUCCUGGUGUGAUAUCGAACCUCUUCAGCAGCAGCACGCUGACCACUGCGUGUGUGUGGCGGAUGGCUGCAUCUACGCCAUAGGAGGCCGUGACUACAGCGUGGAGCUGGAGUGUGUGGAGCGCUAUAAUCCUCAGACAAACACCUGGGAGUACGUGGCUCCUCUCAAGCGUGAGGUGUACGCGCAUGCUGGUGCAGUGCUCGACGGGAAGAUCUACAUCACGUGUGGCCGACGAGGGAUGGCCUACCUGAAGGAGACCUACUGCUACGACCCUCGUGCCAACCAGUGGAGCGCGUGUGCCGAGGGCCCUGUGGAGCGAGCGUGGCACGGGAUGGCAGUGUACGGAGAGCGUGCUUACGUCAUCGGCGGAAGCAACGACGGCUGCGGCUACAGACGAGAUGUCCUUAAGGUGGCGUGCUAUAACCCGGCUGAAAAUUCCUGGUCUGUAGUGUGUCCUCUCCCGGCGGGACACGGCGAGCCUGGCCUGACUGUGUUAGACGGGCGAAUCUACGUGCUGGGUGGCAGGUCACAUGACAAGGGCAGCCGCAUGAAGUACGUGCAUAUCUACUAUCCCGAGCAGGACUGCUGGGAGCGCGGCGUCCCCCUGGACAGCCGAGUGUCAGGCAUGUCUGCCUGCGUGGCACUGAUGCCUAGAAACACACUCCCGCAGGCUCGCAGCGCCACACGUAGAGCCAAAGCAUUAUGGGUGGAACUGGAUUGGGACGAUUCGGACCAGUCCAGCGAGGACGGCUGAGGCAGGUCUUAGGAUCAGUAAUGUCACUGUGUAUCGGGUGAUGCCUGUGUGUCGGUGGGAUGUAGCCUGUUUUUUAUACCAAGCCAUCCUGUGAGUACAUGCUGGUGUGUACAUACUUUGGUGGUGGGUCAAUCAUAUCAUAUCAUGUAAUACUUAUAGGCACAAUCAGAGCACACCACAUUUAGGUUUGCUAACACAAUUUCAAUUAAAUCGGCUGUAAUCAACAGAGUAUUUAGAUUAUAAUUGAUAAAAAAUAAAAAUUUCUUACAUUACCAGUAUUAGUAAGUCCUGUACCACGGCACUGUUAAGUUUUCCAUUUUUAUUGAUCAGAAAGUGUAAAUUUUUUAUGUAACAGCAGCUCUGAUUUAAAACGGGUUUAAAGUAAUGUGCUUGUUCUAGGAAGUUAUCAAGUCUUUAACAACAGUUCACACAGGGACUUGUACGUCAGGUGUUCUACACAAAAAUCUUGUGUAAUCUUACAUUUUGUUGUUUAUUAAGCUUAUUGUUAUUUAAAAGUGUGUUCAGCAUUUUUCAAAGGAGUCUCCAAUGUCACAAUUUUGUGAUAUCUAUUCAUUUUAGAGCAAUAAGCACAACAUUACUUAUGACAUAAGGAAGGUACACUCUGCAUUUCAAUCGUUUCGGGGGUUUUUUCUGAUCUGCAUGCAGGUUAAAUAGCAUGACGCGUUUGAUUUCCUGACUCUCUCAAGCUUAUGAUGCGUGUUCGAAAUUUCACCGGCAGUAACUUUGUGAGAAUGUUUUCUAACGUUAUUAACUGCUGUAUAUGUGGUUUGUUUUUGUUUGUUUGUUUUUUUUUUGUUUGUUUGACCUGACCGUGCCUUUGAGGGGUUUUAUUCGAGCUUUAAAAACUGUUGCCUUCCGCAAAAGUCACUUGUCUAAGAGGCGAUUAACCUGGAUAAUGGGUUGAAAGUUUGCAUUGUUUCAUGUGGCUUAUUAGAAUGAAAAGUAAGUUAACUAUGCAUGUAUAUAAAGUUUAUAGACUAGGGGUUUGGACAGAUAAGCUGAAGAAGGUGGAGGUUUUCUGAUUGUACAUGAAAAACACUGAAAAUAUUACGAAAUAUUCAAAUGACAAACAAACCAGAGAUUUUGGCUGUUGUUCUUAAUGAAUUCUGUGAUGACGCUUUUUUUUUAAGCAGUCUGCAAUGAAAAGCCCUGAAAAAGUACCUACGGCAUUAACAAUAUGUUAUGCAUGUUACAGAAACCAUACAUUUACGUAUAUUAAUAGUAACUCAAAAUUUGGAUCUUACUUUUUUUUUUUAAACAUACACCUUAUAUUGUGUGUGAUAACAAAAUUCGGUUAUUUACAUUUAUUAUGUAACUGACAGCAGUAGAGGGGAGAAACUAAACCUAAAAGAUAUUUUCAAUAUUAAACAUUGAUGAUUAAUGUGUAACUCCACCAAGUGGUGACAUGCAAUUGCCAACCUAAUUCUAAGACGCAUUUUCCCUGAAUCCAUAAAUGUUUCCCCUUUAUCUCAAGGGAUGACUAAAUGUUUCUUCACAUAAUAUAUUUACAAAAGUGUGGUUUAAAAACGUCAGGAAAGUUAAUUGCUGAUAUAAUCAGCAUUACUCCUCAUUCAUCACGUUACUGGGGUAAAAAUGUCCACGGUGAGGGGAAAGAAUAUAACAAAAUCAAAUUGUUUUGUCUUUGCACUUUGAACAUAAUGAAGGUAUGAUAUUAUAGUCAUGUAUAACUUUUGUUUGUUUUCUAAACUGAUAUUCAAUGGAAUAAAUUGUUUAUAAUCUGGAAAAUAAAUACAAUAAAAAUGGAGCCUACUGUGCAAAAGUCUUGAUUUUGCUUCCAAAGAGGCGUACUCUUGAGGAAUAUUUCUCCAGGUUUCCUAAAAGACUGUUUGGCACAAGUUUUUGUGUCUUGUUUUCAGUCCGGUUUCAUACCUGAGCCAUGUUAGAGGAAUGUUUUUUGUUCAUUAUGCCACACAGGUUUACAUUAAACAAUAAAAAACAUCUAAUUUAAGGCAUAAACCAGUGAAAAACAGAUGCAGAUGAUGACAGAUGAUCAGGCCGGUGAUUAGUAUACUGCUGAUGCUGAGUGCUUGGAACAGACAAGGAGGGAAAUGAGGCUGCUGCUGAGGUUAUUACAUAAACAACCCAUUUUUUACAUUUUAGGUAGUGUGCUAUCCUGUGACAGUAAAACAUUUGUUCUCAUUUCUUUAAAUGAACCUAUUUAAUUUAAUUGAAUAUAAUAUGAAGCAAUGAGGGGGGGGGGGGGAUUCAAGACUUUUGCACAGUACUUUGGGUUUUCCAUAGUUAAUAUGUCUCAUCCUGUCUAGACUAAAUAUGUAAAUAUAUUUUUUUGUGAUUUCAUUUCUGAGCACUUGAAUAUGUUUGUAAUUAAUUAAAUUUGUAGCUGCAAAAAAAAAAAAAUAUUAAUAAUAAUAAUCACAUUACUGGUCCAUUCUUCCCAGUCACCCUUUCUACUGUCACUUUAAACUGGAAGCUCUACAGGUAGAUGUUCGUAAUUCUUAAUCAAAAGUGUGAAUUAAAAAAAAAAAUCAGAUAUUCUGUUGAAUGUGAUC